AUGAAAAAGAUAAAUAAUAAUGUAAUUUCUUCUUCUUCUUCUUCUUCUUCUUAUAUAGUCGUCGUAAUGUUUCAAAGAUCUUUAAAGAAACUUAUCACUACCUCUGCAAAUAGAACCAAACAACUAGAAUUCACUUCAUCAUCAUCAUCGUCAUUAAGUUAUACAACAAGAAAGUUUGGUAGUUCUUCUUCUUCUUCUUUUUCUCCCUUUUCAUCUUCAAACAUAAUGAUGAUGGAUUUUAAAGAGGAAGGGGAGAUAACAACAAUGGGGAAUGACUCUUCCUCUUACUCCUCCUCCUCCUCUUCACCAAGUCUUUCAACAUUGAUGGUAAAUUCUACGACUACUGCUACCACUACAACUACUCAACAAACAAGAGAAAGAUUCUUGAAUACAACAAUUGAUAGAGAUGGUAGUGGUAACAAGACAGUAAACAAUCCAAACAACAAUACAAUUAGAAUAACGACGUUUAAUAUACUGGCACCUUGUUAUGUCCGAGACAAUUCAAAGUAUGAUGGUCAAUUUGGAAACGAUCCAAUGAGACGACAAGAACAGAUUACACAGAUGCUCAAGCAAAUCGAUACCGAUAUCAUCAAUUUGCAAGAGUUUUUUUUUGGUCCAACCUUUCAAACAUUCUACGAGGCUCAGUUGGGCGACACCUACAAUCCCAUCUAUCUCCAACGAACCAAUCACAAAAAAGAUGGUCUUGCCGUCUUUAUAAAGAAAACCCUACGAAUCAAGAACCGUAAAUAUAUUAAAUUUAACGAUCAAGGUGAUAGAGUUGCUCUAUUGUUACACAUCAUUUCUCCAAAUGUAAUGAAUGAGAAUAUAUAA